CGCCGGGGCCGGCAGCCGUCCCCUCCCCUCCCGUUCCCGCUCGUGUAGCGGUGGUGCUCGCGUUCCUCUCCGCUUUGUGAGGUUGCGUCCGCUUUUCGCUGUUUUUCUGAAAUUUCUGUUUAAUUGAUGGUUUCGCACUUCGCUGGCCCCGGGUUCUCCUCGCUUUGUUGUGGCAGCAUCUCGUAGCCGCGGGCUUCGCUUUUUGAUGCUCCUGAAAAUACCAAACUCCGGCGAAGCAGGGGGUGCCGUCAGGUCGGGCUCAGCUAGCUGGCCGUGGCCUCAGCCGUGUUAUAAAAGCGUUUUUCCCCCCUCAGCCGCAGGAGGUGCGGGUGCGAGCACCCCUCCCGCCGGCACCGCGCUCACCACAGGGCGGGCGAGCGGUGCGAGGCGGAUGCGCGGACAGCCCGGGGGGACUCGUGUGGUGACCUGCGGGAACGUCUCCUUACAGGUGAGGCUCUGCCGGGUUAGGACCGGUGUCUACGCAGCGCCAUCCUUGGGGCGACGCCUACAGAACGAGCUCUGGGCAAGGAGGCGGGAAGAAGCAGCUGCUCGCCCUCCCUGUUUCUUUGGUACCUGGCUGUGUUUACAGCCACAGCACUGGCAAAUUGGUGGUGUUAGUGCUCAUCUGGAGACACAGCGAGUGCCACCUGCGUGUCUGUGCACUUCGGCUCCUGCUGCUGUGGUCCAGCCGGCGGCUGUAGCUGAGGAAGCAGAAGAGUUCAGAGUGGUCUACAGCUUUCCGGGGAUUAAGUACUGCAGAGUGCUGUCGAGGCUGAAGCUGCUGCAGACUGCGACAACCCUGGCUGUGCUGCCUCCCGUCUGCUACCUCUAUCUGCAAGGCCAGGUUUCUCAGACUGUCCUCCUGUAUACAACUGGCGUUGCUUUCUUUGCUGGUGUGAUGUUGUAUGGUAUGAGCUAUUUUUUCAGACGAAUUAUUGGAUUAAUCUACCUAAGUGAAACUGGCAGAACUGUCAAAGUGGCCCACUUGACAUUUUGGGGAAAACGGAAUGACAUUUACUGUCCCAUAGAGACAGUGAUGACUUCAGAUGAAGCUGGAGAUGUCAAAGGGGAGUUACUUCUCCAGUUUAAACGAUAUAACAGUAAAGAUACCUUGUAUUUUACAACUAAAUAUGGCCAGGUUGUAGACAGACAGAAGUUCAGGCAAAUAUUUGGAGAACUUCAGUGAUACAAUAACAAAUUUCCAAUAAUUCUGCUUGUUGCGUUGUUCCUUGUGCUUAUUCUUCUAUGAAGUCUUUGAUAAACUGACAUACUUAUGUCAUUUUCCUGUGUGACGUCUGCUGGUGAGUGUGCUCAGCAUGGAAAGUAGAAAUGGUAGUGAACAAUCCAGUGGAUUAAACGUCUUUGUAGCUAGUUUAUGGUGUGAGUAAGAUCACUUCUGUUUCACAGUAAGCGUGCCCGGUAUUGCUGUCACAUUGCUGUUCUAAGAGUUACAAGCUCAUGCGUUAACAAGCUGUAAAUAAUACAUAUAAUACU